CCUGACCUUCCAAGCGCUCACCUCGGCAUACAGAGUCUGUCAUGGCUCCUGUUAUUAUCGGCGAUGCUCCCUUACGCGUUCACACUCGUAGAAAAUGGAUCAACACUAUUUGUUUUGCUUCUCUCGCCCCAGAACAAAGGGGGUUUGUUGAUGUGUCCGGGUUGUACUGAACCAGACACAUUACUUUCUAGCUGAGCACACAGCCUGAUCCACUUCUGGACAGCUGAGCCUCCCGCCAAAGAAACGCAAAAGACGAGGACGUAGGGCGAUGUCAACAUCAAGGAGGAAGUUUCUACUGAGAAUAGUGCUGUUCUCUGGUUUGGCGAGACCUGUGGAACCUGGAAACAGGCAUAACCUUGAUGUGUUGAGAAUCCUAAUAUUUGUUCUUGUACAUGUAGAAAUGGAAGUGAUGGCAUUGGCUGGCAUCCAGGAUCCCAAACACCUCGCCCUUUGGAAGUGUCACUUGCCCUUUGGAGAUGUUCAUGGUGCAGAGCUCAAGUCCGGGGAAGCAGCAUAUACCUGGGGAAACUCUUCUUCCACCACCCAGUACCUAUUAGUCCAAAGCUACUUGAGCCCUGGGAACGGCAAUGCCGAGUGGGACGGCAGGGCUACUUUCCCAUACUGGAUAUACUGUAGAUAUCCAACUACAAUUUUCUUACAUCCAGUCACUGAUGGACUGUCUAACCUAUUUAUAGAGACACUGAUAUCAUCCAGCCAGCAAGCAGAAUUCUCUGAAGGUCCUUCAGACAUGGCAUCGUCGCCUCCCUUGCCUCCUUACAAUGCUGUCAUCUGCUCCUUGGAAGGAAUGAACACAUCUCGGCACCCCCCGCUCAGAAAUAACACCACAGCUUCUUGAUUCCACCUACUUCCCACACAAGGGAAAGCUGUGCACAACCGGGGGAAGGAAGUCCCAGGCUCCACACAGGGGAUUUCCGUAGGGUCUUCUAUAACUGAAGGCCACUGGUAACUAGCCUGUAGCCAGUAUGGUGAUUGAAAAGUAGAUGGAGGUGCGCUUCUAGAUCGGUUCUCAGACCCAUGGGUUAAAGCCUCCUGCCUCGCCUGUGACGCAUGGUGCGUCCAGUGAGGCUCCCAGGUUCAGAGCACGCUCCCUCCUGAGCGAGGAGGGGUGUGCUGACACUAGAUGGCAGGAAAGGGUCAGUUUGCCUGUCUCCACCCACCGCCAGGGCUCCGGUCUCCUUUAGUUAAAGGCAAGCUCCUGGACCGAAGCCACAGGGAGAGGAUGAGUGGUGAGUUGGUGUUGGAUCGAUAUACACACGUUACUUAAUAUGCAAUUGUCAAUUACUAUUAUACUAGUGCUUUUCUACCAAAUCAACCUCCCUCACUGGAAUAGCAUCCCUAAUUGAACACCUUGGUGGGAGCUGACUCAGCUUCCCAUCCAUAAGACGGAGAAUGGUGCCUCCCUAAUGGAGCUGUGAAAAAUAAUGAAAUAUAUAUAUAAUGUCCAAUGUGCAGUAUAUACUCAUAAAAUGUGGCUUUUAACUACGACUUUUAUAUUUCUGCUGAGAGUAUCACCUUUCUGCGGUAACCCCAGGGGCCUCGUGUUAAUCUUUGUCGUAGACCGUUACCUCCCUUCAUAUUCGAACACCAAAUUCUAUUCAGUUUUUCUCUAAAGUGUUCACUUCCACUAUCAAUAUAGGACAUGCACGCAUUUUUUUUCAUGCCCAGACCAUUGUUACUGCCUGCCCACAGGAUGAAUUAAGCGAAGCAUUCGUUUGAGAAACAUUUAUUGAGCAUCUAAUAUGUGUACUGUUUAAUGCCUUGGGACAAACAACUCCUGCUCUCCUGGUACUUAUGUUCUUGUGGGUGGAGGUAGCUAAUGUGCAAAUAAACAAAGGAAUAAUCAAGAAAAAAAAAGUCACUGGUGGUAAGUGAGAAACAAACACCAAAGCGGACAGUGAUGGGAGUGUGAGUAGUGGGGGCCGAGAGGAAAUGGAGACAACAUAGAUGAUAGAUGGCUAGGGAAGAUCUAUUUCGGGAGAAGCUACUGGAGCAGAAGUCUGAAUGACAAACAUGUCUGUCAGGGGUAGCGAGUGAAAGGGUCUUCGUGUGAGGGUGAGACAGGCCAGGUGGAAGGACGGAGGGCAGGGCCCGUGUGGUUGUUGCAUGAGCGGGAGGGGCACAGUGACACAAGAGGAAAUCGAAGAGGAGGGUGGGACCCUAUCUUGUAGGACAAUCAGAUGGUGGAGAGCAUAGGAAGGACCCUGGGUCUCAUCAGAAGCAUCACAUUAGCUGCUGGAGGUCUCAGAGAGGUCAAGAACAUGAUGUGACUAAUGUUUUAUAAAGCUCACUCUCCCCGCCCAGUGGGGAAUGGACCGGGGGCCUGGCAGGAAGGGAAGCAGAGUAGCCUGGAGAGAGGCUGGUGACUGGUACCACUGAGACAGAGCAAAAAGGAAAAUACAGGAUAUGGUUUUAAGAAAAUUCCACACUCAUUUUCCCGAGGUCAUUUCUCAACUCUCAAAACUUUGUUGCCAGCUCAUUGUACUU